CGAGUGUCAUUGACCAGACUUCAGCUCACUCAAGUCCUUACUGCUGCACUAAUGGCAACUCAGGACAGACAGGAACUCGUUCGCAACGCUGUCUCAUUUCUCCAGGAUGCCCAGACACAGCAGGCCCCGUUCACGCAGCGCGUCCAAUUCCUAGAGGCAAAGGGCCUCACUCCCCCAGAAAUACAGCUUGCACUCGCCCAGGCCGGGAAUCAAUCACCCCCCGCUCCCCAACCCGUCUACCCUCAGCAGUACUCAGGCCCCCUCGCUUUCGCCGGUCCCCAUCCCCAGAAUGGCUGGGACUGGCGCGACUACUUCAUCACUGCUGUCAUCUCUGGAACGGUCGUGUAUGGUGCAACGUCCCUCUUCCGGAAAUACCUUCUCCCCCAUCUCCGCCCACCAACUGCCACCGCUUAUGAGCAAGACCGGGAUGCUCUAAAUGCUCAGUUUGACGCUGCGGAAGCUCUGCUGAAAGAGAUACAAAGCGAGACUGUUGCCGUCCGCGCCGCUGUUGACGAACAAAAGACCCGCGUAGACCAAACCACAGAGCAGGUGGAAAACAUUGUGCAGGAAAUGCGUCAGGGCGAAGUCAAGACCCGAGAUGAAAUGCGUGAAAUCAGAGACGAAGUUGAAAACAUACGUGAGAUGCUUCCCAAGAUGAUUGAGAAGAACAAGGAGACUCAGAAACAAUCACUAUCCGAACUUCAGUCUGAGCUCAAGUCACUAAAGGCACUUCUACUCAGUAAUCGGGGACCAAGCGGUAUUGGCAGCAGCUCUCCCUCCACUCCUGUACCACAGUUCCCCUCGAGACCUUCAAUACCAGCUUGGCAACUUGCUAGCUCUCCCUCUGCGACUCCAUCAGCAUCCGAUUCCUAUGCCGGCGGCUCUAGUUCCAUGCCUAACGGCAAGGGCAAGGAGGUCGAGAUCGAGUCGUGAUAUCUUUUAGACGCAUUCGUAUUAGCCUAACUUAUACGGUUGUAACCAUCGUGUCCUACUACUCGUUAUCUUACACCCAUGCAAGUGCCGAUUUAAC